UGAUUGGCUGCAAGUGAUUCCUUCUUUCUUUCCGUCGUCCCUUAGAGAGACAGCAGCCAAGAUGAACGACACAGUGACCAUUAGAACUAGGAAGUUCAUGACAAACAGACUUCUGCAGCGUAAGCAGAUGGUCAUUGAUGUCCUUCACCCUGGGAAGGCCACUGUCCCUAAAACAGAAAUUAGGGAGAAGUUGGCAAAGAUGUACAAGACUACUCCAGAUGUCAUCUUUGUCUUCGGGUUUAGAACUCACUUUGGUGGUGGCAAAACCACAGGUUUUGGCAUGAUCUAUGACUCGUUAGACUAUGCAAAGAAGAAUGAGCCAAAACACAGACUUGCAAGGCAUGGCCUAUAUGAAAAGAAAAAGACUUCCAGAAAACAACGUAAAGAACGCAAGAACAGAAUGAAGAAAGUCCGGGGUACAGCCAAAGCAGCUGUGGGAGCUGGCAAAAAGAAAGAAUAAAGGAUACCAGGAUGACGAAACUGAAGAUUGUACAUUGAUCUUGGGGCUUGUAAUAAAAACUUAUAAAAAACGA